AUGGGCCUCGGCGACACCGGCUUCGACUUCUACGACAUUGAACGACAAACGUUCUUCCUGUAUCGAUGCUCGAAGACGAAACCCCUGUCCUACACCUCCCCCUACGCCAAAUUCCUACCUUCAAGCUCGGCCAUUGACCACGCCAAGGGCCUGAGAUCGGAGCCCCCCACAUGUUCCAUGAAGCUGCAAUUCAUGGACCAGCCGUAUGUCUGGCCGGGAACCUUCGAGUUCCUCGCAAAUCUAUGUAAGAAUAGCAGUCAGGAUUGCUCUCAUUUAUACCCAAUACUGUCUUCGAGUACCGUUCUACCGCCGUUUUCUACGGUUGCAAAGACUACAAUCCGAUGCAACCGCGUCGAAAAGGACCUGCAGGUUUAUCACGUCACCGUCGUCUGCUUGGAGGACAGCAAAGAGAAUUUCGGGAAACUCUACGACUACUGCCCGUGUUUCCACGGGACGGAGUGCGCAGCAACUCUGAGCGUAGAGCAGGGGGACCGGGUCGUCCUGGAGGAGGUGCUUCGCGUUGCGCGGGCCAUGGAACCUCGUCCCAAGUUGGGAGGGUGGGUGUACUUGGGCGAGGUAUGGGCAGAGGCAAAGGACACGGGGAUUCCGAGGGCGUUGGUCAGUGCAAAGAGGGAGAAGGUAGUUGUGGAAACAUUCAUAUUCUUUCGGGAGGCUCACCCGCCGAUGAGUCUGCCGCUCGUGUAUCACGUCCGCGAGAAGUCCAACGAGCUUGAGCUUUGGUUAUCUCAACCGCUGUUCACGCAAGUUUUCGCCUCGCUCAGCCCUCACAAAGGGCUAUCCGUUGGGACCGAAACUGUAUUCAAGAUCGAUGCCUACAGCCCUCGGUACAAGUCCUACAUCCCGGCCUCUACCAAACCUCUCCGUACGCCGAUCACUAUUCCGCUCCCUCUCGCAUCCGUUCCCGUCUUCAAGUUGAGAGACAUCGUCAUCGCCGGGCUUGCGCCGGACUACGCGCUGGGCUGCCACAAGGAACUGCUGCCCAUGUGUGGUGUGAAAGCCACCUUCAUGGACAGUAAUUUCCUCUGGCCGAGCGUGUACAAUGACCGACCUCGCGAGUACAAGCAAUCCGCCUGGACCGUGCUCAAUUUGGAUCUUGUGUCAUGUGUAUCAUGGCAUCUGACAGCGGGUCGUCUCCUUGUGCUCGCAGACUCUAAGACACUGGGCGAGCUCGCCAGGAGAAGUGUCAACUCACGUCCAAUGCCGAUCUUCCGCAUGGACUCGAGAGGACCUGGCGACCUGGCAGUGGGCACUGCCCAUGCCUCCUCGGGCCCUUGGCAGUGGUUGUUCGUCGCCGGGACUGUACAGAGACAUCCACCGUCCACCGGCGAGAGUCGACUGGUCCUUACCCGCCUCCGAGUCCAACAGGGACCUCCGGACGCCCUGCGCGGACCUCCUGGACUCCCACAUAAGCCUGGUCCCAGCCAGUAUCACAUCUCGCAGUCGACGUCCCCUCCUUCGCCUCAUUCCAUGUGUCCUCACUCCUCUAUAGCCAAUGGACGCCCUUCAUACGACGGACGCUCGCCGGUCAGCCCCGGCGAGACUCCAAUCUCCGCGCGACGCUCCCCGCUUCCACCGUACGCACAAGAGCCUCCAAUGGCCGAGCGCGAGCCCGGCUGGGAUCGAUGCAUGCCCCGGACUCAACACGUGGAGUGGGAGCAUGAGCAGAGGCGUGGUCGUCCCGGCUCGGAGUACCUCUUGCACAAGCAGCAGAUGUACUCCGGCGCGCACUCGCCGCCGAUGUCCCAGCUCGCACCAAGUCCCCGUGGGCCGCCCCGCUCCCCACCGAUGUCGCCUGUCAGAUCCCCGCGCCCGUACUGGGACUCGCACCCUGACAUGCCGUCUGGCCCUGCCAUCAUGGGAGGUGUUCCUGGACAGUCGCCCCCUAGUAUGAUGCACGGUGACGAGCCUGUCAGGAGUUACGAGGGCCCGCGGUUUGAUGCACGCUAG